AUGCAAACUACACUACACCUACAGCACUACACCGAAAAAACUACACCCACAACACUACACCUACAACAUUACACCAACAGCACUACACCUACAACACUACACCUACAACACUACACCAACAACACUACACCUACAACACUACACCAACAACACUACACCAACAACACUACACCUACAACACUACACCAACAACACUACACCAACAACACUACAUCUACAACACUACACCAACAACACUACACCUACAACACUACACCUACAGCACUACACCUACAGCACUACACCUACAACACUACACCUACAACACUACACCUACAACACUACACCUACAACACUACACCAACAACACUACACCAACAACACUACAUCUACAACACUACACCUACAACACUACACCUACAGCACUACACCUACAACACUACACCAACAACACUACACCUACAACACUACACCUACAACACUACACCUACAGCACUACACCUACAACACUACACCUACAACACUACACCAACAACACUACACCUACAACACUACACCAACAACACUACACCUACAACACUACACCAACAACACUACACCAACAACACUACACCUACAACACUAACACAACAACACUACACACACAACAACACUACACCUACAACACUACACCUACAACACUACACCUACAGCACUACACCUACAGCACUACACCUACAGCACUACACCUACAGCACUACACCUACAACACUACACCUACAACACUACACCGAAAAAACUACACCACAACACUACACCUACAACAUUACACCAACAGCACUACACCUACAACACUACACCUACAACACUACACCAACAACACUACACCUACAACACUACACCAACAACACUACACCAACAACACUACACCUACAACACUACACAACAACACUACACCAACAACACUACAUCUACAACACUACACAACAACACUACACCUACAACACUACACCUACAGCACUACACCUACAGCACUACACCUACAACACUACACCUACAACACUACACCUACAAUACACCUACACACUACAACACUACACCAACAACACAACACCAACACACACACAUCUACAACACUACACCUACAACACUACACCUACAGCACUACACCUACAACACUACACCAACAACACUACACCUACAACACUACACCUACAACACUACACCUACAGCACUACACCUACAACACUACACCUACAACACUACACCAACAACACUACACCUACAACACUACACCAACAACACUACACCUACAACACUACACCAACAACACUACACCAACAACACUACACCUACAACACUACACCAACAACACUACACCAACAACACUACACUACAACACUACACCAACAACACUACACCUACAACACUACACCUACAACACUACACCUACAGCACUACCUACAGCACUACACUACAACACUACACCUACAACACUACACCUACAACACUACACCUACAACACUACACCAACAACACUACACCAACAACACUACAUCUACAACACUACACCUACAACACUACACCUACAGCACUACACCUACAACACUACACCAACAACACUACACCUACAACACUACACCUACAACACUACACCUACAGCACUACACCUACAACACUACACCUACAACACUACACCAACAACACUACAUCUACAACACUACACCUACAACACUACACCUACAACAUUACACCAACAGCACUACACCUACAACACUACACCUACAACACUACACCUACAACACUACACCAACAACACUACACCAACAACACUACAUCUACAACACUACACCAACAACACUACACCUACAACAUUACACCAACAGCACUACACCAACAACACUACACCAACAACACUACACCUACAACACUACACCAACAACACUACACCAACAACACUACACCUACAGCACUACACCAACAACACUACACCAACAACACUACACCAACAACACUACACCUACAACACUACACCUACAACACUACACCAAGAACAUUACACCAACAGCACUACACCAACAACACUACACCAACAACACUACACCUGCAACACUACACCUACAACACUACACCAAGAACACUACACCAACAGCACUACACCAACAACACUACACCAACAACACUACACCUACAGCACUACACCAACAACACUACACCUACAACACUACACCAACAACACUACACCAACAACAUUACACUUACAGCACUACACCUACAACACUACACCAACAACAUUACACCUACAACACUAUACCAACAACACUACACCAACAACACUAUACCAACAACACUACACCUACAACACUACACCAACAGCACUACACCUACAACACUACACCAACAACACUAUACCAACAACACUACACCUACAACACUACACCAACAGCACUACACCUACAACACUAUACCAACAACAUUACACCUACAACACUAUACCAACAACACUACAUCUACAACACUAUACCAACAACACUACACCUACAACACUACACCAACAACACUACACCUACAAAACUACACCCACAACACUACACCUACAGCACUACACCUACAACACUACACCAACAACACUACACCAACAACACUACACCAACAACACUACACCUUCAGCACUACACCAACAACACUACACCUACAGCACUACACCAACAGCACUACACCAACAACACUACACCUACAACACUACACCUACAACACUACACCUACAACACUACACCAACAACACUACACCAACAACACUACACCUACAACACUACACCUACAACACUACACCAAGAACACUACACCAACAGCACUACACCAACAGCACUACACCAACAACACUACAUCUACAACACUACACCAACAACACUACACCUCAGUCCCAUCUCAGUCUCAUCUCAGUCUCAUCUCAGUCUCAUCUCAGUCUCAUCUCAGUCCCAUCUCAGUCUCAUCUCAGUCUCAUCUCAGUCUCACCUCAAAUGGAAGACCUCCCUCUACACUGACCCCUCCCUCUACACUGGCUCCUCCCCCUCUGCACUGACUCCUCCCUCUACACUGACCCCUCCCUCUACACUGGCUCCUCCCCCUCUACACUGA